ACGCCGAGUCUCGCCCGAGGUUGCCUUUCUAUCUCUUCCAAGGUCCCAAUCGCACACGACUUGAUUCUGCCCUCCUCCCGCAAUCGUAGGCUUACAUACCCACGUCGAAACGAUGGCCCCUAUCCGACUCCGCCACCCCAAGGGCGUGACCACACUCCAGGUCGACGUCGACAAUGCAUCCGUCCUCGACCUGCAGCAGCAGAUCUACUCCGCAACGGAUGUACCCCCAUCUCAGCAAGAGCUCAAGUCCGGGUACCCUCCGCAAUCGCUCACACUCAUCCCGGAGCUUCCGCUCGCUAGCCUUGGGCUGAAAGGUGGCGAUCAGCUCAUACUCACGCAGCAAGCCAGGGCGCCGCCUGCGCCAUUUCAGGCCGCCCCGUUACAAGACAUCGUGUCUCCGACUGCGCUACCCCAGAGUAGGCCGUCACGAGCAGCUCCUCCGUCUGUGAGGGCGACGCACGCACAGGGACCGGACUCCGUACCGACCGAAGGCGGAUAUCUUGUCCACCGAAUUGUCCCGGACGACAACUCAUGUCUGUUCUCUUCGAUCGCUAUCGUUUUCGAGCAAGACAUAGGCAAGGCGCCGAUGAUACGACAGAUUGUUGCGGAUGCGAUCCGGAAGGAUCCCGAGACAUGGAGCGACGCCAUCCUCGGCCGCUCACGAGAAGAGUACAUCUCCACCAUCCUGAAACCAGCCACCUGGGGAGGCGCGAUCGAGCUCACCAUCCUCGCCACGCACUACUCCACCGAGAUCGCCUCCGUUGACGUCGAGACCGGCCGCGUCGACCACUUCACGCCGCCGCCCGCGAGCGAUUCCGGAAACAGGUGUGUCCUGGUGUAUUCUGGUAUCCACUACGAUGCGGCGACGCUCGCCCCAAUGCUGGAGGCCCCCGCGGACUUCCACCAAACCGUCGUGCCUGUUAUGAGUGAGGGCGAUUCGGAUCCAAUUAUCGUGGCUGCGAAGAAGCUAGCGGAUAUUUUGAGGGCGAAGAGAGCGUACACGAACACAGCGACGUUCACCAUCCGGUGUCAGGUCUGCAAGAAGGGUCUGAAGGGAGAGAAGGAGGCCCGCGCGCAUGCUUCAGAGACCGGGCACGUUGAGUUUGGAGAGUACUAAGGCCCUCUCAGUUCGAGUGAACCGGCAACGCAGCGAAUGAAGCGCAGUGAGAUUAUUGUAGCAGUAAUACCGCCCCUAUCGAUGUAUUCUUAAACUGCGCACUGCUAUGGAUGUCCGAGUCCAUGAAGCCGUGAUCGUUCCUGUACCUUGGAGUCGAGGGCAGAGCCUAUAGCUUCUCUGAGUUGUGGUUGGAGUCGGCGACACUGGCAGGACAGAAAGGCUGGGCGAUCGGCCACCCACACACGAGUCG